UAGUGCUGAGGUAGGCUCCCCCUGCCCCCACCUGCCAUCAGACGGACCUUGGACUCGGUCAAUGGCUCACCCUCCCUUACCCCCUCUCACCCCGCCCCCGCCACCCGGCUUAGUUCCUCAAGUUAAAAGUGCUGUCCCAGGGACUUCUUUCUCUUAAUUACGAAGCUGGCCUGGGUGUUGCUGCCAGACCAGGAGGGGAGAACGAAGCCUGGAACGCUAUGGCCAAGACCACCCACUACGCAGCAGCCUCCCACGAAGACCCUCCCGCCAAAGCGGUAUCCAACGGCACCUCGGCCUCCUCCCAGCAGCCUCCCGAGGAAUCCAUGCAACUGAAGAAGGAGAUCUCCCUGCUGAAUGGCAUCAGCUUGAUCGUUGGCAACAUGAUCGGCUCGGGCAUCUUUGUCUCGCCCAAGGGGGUCUUGAUGUACAGCGAUUCCUACGGCCUCUCCCUGGUCGUCUGGGCCGUGGGGGGCCUCUUCUCCGUCUUCGGGGCCCUCUGCUACGCCGAACUGGGCACCACCAUCAAAAAGUCGGGGGCCAGCUACGCCUACAUCUUGGAGGCUUUCGGGGAGCUGCCGGCUUUCAUCCGACUCUGGACCUCCCUCCUCAUCAUCGAGCCCACCAGCCAGGCGGUCAUCGCCAUCACCUUUGCCAACUACCUGGUGCAGCCCAUCUUCCCGUCCUGUGAGGCCCCGUACCUGGCCGCCCGCCUCUUGGCUGCAGUCUGUAUCUGCUUACUCACUUUUGUGAACUGUGCCUACGUGAAAUGGGGCACCCGGGUGCAGGAUCUGUCCACCUACGCCAAGGUGCUGGCCCUCAUUGCCGUGAUCAUCGCCGGCAUCGUCUGCAUCGGACAAGGACGUUCUGAGAACUUUGCCGACUCUUUUGAAGGCUCCUCUUGGCAAGUGGGGACCAUCGCUUUGGCCCUGUACUCUGCUCUCUUCUCCUACUCGGGAUGGGAUACCCUCAAUUUUGUCACUGAAGAAAUCAAGAACCCCGAAAGGAACCUGCCUCUCGCCAUCGGCAUCUCCAUGCCUAUCGUCACAGUGAUCUAUAUCAUGACCAACGUGGCGUAUUACUCGGUGCUGAGCAAAAUGGACAUUCUGGCCAGUGACGCAGUGGCUGUGACCUUUGCCGACCAAGUGUUUGGAGUGAUGAACUGGACCAUUCCGUUGGCUGUAGCGCUGUCCUGCUUUGGAGGCCUCAAUGCCUCCAUUUUAGCAGCCUCCAGGCUGUUUUUUGUUGGUUCCCGUGAGGGUCACCUGCCCGACGCCAUCUGCAUGAUCCACGUCAAGCGGUUCACACCCGUCCCGGCCCUUCUCUUUAACGGAGCCAUGGCUUUGGUCUACCUCUGCGUCGAGGACAUCUUCAAGCUGAUCAACUACUACAGUUUCAGCUAUUGGUUCUUCGUCGGCCUCUCAAUCGCAGGGCAGCUCUAUCUGCGCUGGAAAGAGCCGUCAAAGGAACGGCCGCUCAAGCUGAGCAUCGUCUUCCCGGUGGUCUUCUGCCUCUGCACCAUCUUCCUGGUUGCCGUCCCCCUCUACACGGACCCCAUCAAUUCCGCCAUCGGGAUCGCCAUAGCCGCUUCCGGGCUGCCUUUCUACUUCCUAGUGGUGCGGGUCCCCGAGCGCAAGAGGCCGGAGUGUCUUCGGCGGGCCGUUGCCUCCGUGACGCGGCUGAUCCAAAUCCUGUGUUCGUCCGUCCUGACGGAGAUGGAUCCCGACAUAGACGCCAAGUCUCAGUGAUGGAGAGACUGCCGGCGGGGGGGGGGGGGGGGGGCUGGAAUCUCCUCCCUGCCCUUUCCUUCGAUGACAGACUCUUUCCUGCCCUCUAAUUUAUUGUUUGCUACGUUGCUGGACUAGGGGAUGGAGAGCUGCUGGUGGAACGGAGGGGCUUCCUCCGUGGCGCACAGGACCUCAGACUAACCAUUGCAUCCCCAAUAAACUCUCAGCACUCCACAAAUUCAACUGGGAUUGUGAUCUGGGGCUUAGCAUCAACUUCACCCUCCAACCAUCGGUCCAGUGUUUUGGUUUGCUCAUGCUCCUCAGUAAAAAGUUUUUCUUCUUGGU